UUUUCCGCGAUAAUGCGAGGGGGCGGGGCUUAGAGAGGUCAUUCCAAUCUAAGGUUACCGAAUUGUGGUCGAAUAACCUUUCUAAGUGCUUAAGAGUUCCAGGUAUGUGAGAAGAUGGAAACAUUUAGCUUGACAUGAAAUCUCAAAUGCAUGUUAAACCUCGAGUCCAAACCGUCGUCUGUCGUAACCGAGAGCACAUGACCACGUACAGGCAGCAGACACAGGCGAGCUUCUCCGAGAAGAUCAAGCAAGCGGGGGAACGUGUCUCAGAUGAGCAAGAGUCGGCAGCUGCACGCUUUCAAGCCGACGUUUUGAACCUGGAACGGCACUUUGAGAGCCAGCUAAGGGAGCUGUCGGAGAGCCACGCCGAGCAGAAGCUCCUCUGGGAGGAGCGCUUGAGCCAAAGUGCAGAAGAAUGGCAGAAAAUGGCCCAAGAGGCAACAGAGAGACUUAAUGUUCUCCAGGAAAGUCUGCAGGCCAAUGAGGAUCUUCUCGCUCGCUCUGACAAGAAAGCCGAGGACGACCAAGUCCUGCUCAAGCAAACUGUGGAAGAUUUCCGGCAGGAGAGGGAAGAAUUCCAAAACAGCUACGGGCAGCUCGAGAUGAAAUACCAAGACGUCCUUUCCAUUUCCCGUCAGCAGACCGCGGAGAGGAUCUCGCUGCUCACCGAGCGGGACGAUUUGAAGCUGAGGAUUGAGGACAUGGAGAGGCUCCUCAAACAAGCUGCAGAGGACUUUGAGCUGGACAGGAAGGAGCUUCAGCGAGAGGUUGCUAUCCUGGAGGAGAAAGUGAAGGGAAGCCAAAGCCAAGAUCUGCAUUUAAGUGCUGGGUCGAUUCCUGAAAAUUCCUUCGGUGAGGAAGUGAAGAGCGACCCAACCAAUGAGCCUGAUCAAGACGCCCCGCAGCUGAAGAUGGAAGCAAGUGAGGACCAAGAGGUGUCAUGGACUCGCCAGGCCAGCAAUGACCCGGAAAGCUCAAAUGUUGGUGAACCUGACGACAAGUCCGAAGAUCCUUACGUGACCUCUGACCUUGAGUCCCCCAAGAUUGAUGUUAACAAAAAUUGCCAAGAUCAAGACUCGUCACAAUCUGGAGCUUUGGAUAAACACCAAGAAGAACGUAGACCUCAAGAUGUUGCUUCUUCUACCAUGGAAAGCCUCUCACAAAUGGAGACCACGGUUGGUUCCUUGGAUCCUUGUGAGCUUUCUGAAGGCGAUGCCACAAAUGAUCAUGAUUCAGAAUCUGACUGGGACAACGACUUCAAUGAGGAACAUACAAAUGUUAGUCCAGAACUUCUUGAUCAGGACAUUGAUGAUGAACUCCAGGAUUUUGAGCUGCAGUCUUCUGACCAUCAAAGCAAAGAGGAGAAUGUUCUCCUCCAGGAGAAAAUCUUCUUGCUCCAGCAGAAGACGGAGCUCCUCCAGAGUCUUUUGGAGCACAACAGCAAGAAGAUCCAAACUGGCUGCGAGUAUCUGGAGGAAAACUACAGCCUCAAAGUCAAAAUGUUCCUGCUGAUGGAGCACAUCAAAGUGCUGGAAAUCAAAACGUCCAAGCUGACAGAGCUUCAGGCUCGUCACGAAGAUUACACGUGGGAGAACGUCACGUUGAAGCGGCAAAACGCAGAGCUCAAAAAGAUGCUUCGGAGACUCCAAAGCCAGACGAGCGACGAGCGGAGUUCCCUCGCGGACGACGUCGGCAGGAUCCGACGGGAGAACCGCAAGCUCUCCGACUUAAUGGUGGAGUUUCAAGGGGACACCCGCAGCAGAAUUUCCGAAACUUCUCGCGACUUUGAGGUGAACACCAUCAAACUUCACCAAGCCCUUUCAGAGACGCAAGCCGAGAAUACAAGCAGUAUUGUGACGAGAACCUCACCUCUUCCUUAAAUCCCACGUCUGUGACCGACCUUCUACAC